AUGACUACCAGCUCUACCACAAAAAAAGAUAUCCUUAAUGUUGGAAUGGAUAAAUAUGAUUUACAUACAGGUCGUUUAGCUAGUACUGGUGCUAAUACCUGUGUUAUCAUUCUGGUAUUAUUUAUGAACGAGGAAGAAAUUUAUAUCGAACAUCGAAUUUCAAUACCAGAUAAUUCGGAUCCAAAUAAUAUGAAAAAGUGUUUAUCGUCGGUUUAUAUUCUUGGUGGAAAUAAAAAUUUUCCCAAGUAUAAAAGUAUGCAAGAAUUCAUUCAAUCCUUAAUGAUACAAAAUGAUGUUAAUGACAGAACAAGAUAUACAGAAUUAAUUCGAAACAUCAAAUGGGUCAAUGUCUUAUUUAAUUUGUAUACAAAAAAACCACAAACAACAGGAGAAUGUAACAUCAGUGUGAUAGUCGAUCGAAACAUCACAAACACUCAAAUUGCUCUUGUGCAGCGUCUAUCAAAACUAUCAGGAGGCUUGCCUGAUUCGUUAAUUGGUGUCAUGAUUUUGGACCUAGUAUCACAAAAUAGUUGGUUCGCAAUCAUUAAUAACGAACCAAAUAACCAAGGUAUAUUAAAUGAAUUUUGUAUAAUUCAUACAAUUUUAAUUUUCAGUAGAAACUCUGGAGUUUCGAAGAUUGAAGUUGAAUUUAGAAACUUCUAA